CCUCUGCAGGACUACCAUGGCUGAUAUGGACGUCGAUCAGCCCACAACAGCAGGGAGGAAGGAAAGAGACGACGGAAAAGACAAGAAGAGAUUUGAAGUGAAGAAGUGGAACGCCGUGGCGCUCUGGGCAUGGGACAUCGUCGUCGACAACUGCGCCAUUUGUCGUAAUCAUAUCAUGGACCUUUGCAUCGAUUGCCAGGCUAAUCAAGUAUCGGCAUCGACAGAUGAAUGCAACGCUGCUUGGGGAAUUUGCAACCAUGCCUUCCACUUUCACUGUAUCUCUCGGUGGUUAAAGACGCGCAACGUGUGCCCGUUGGACAAUCGUGAAUGGGAAUUGCAACGAUAUGGCCGUUGACCUGUCGCACACCCCAAGGUGUAUCAUUGUACUAUAAAUCCCUGUGUAAUGUAGCUUUCUUGCAUAUGGGCCGCUCUUUGCGCACACGUCCGAUUUGCAAACGAACGGUACUAAACGGUAUCGGUCAUAGCGUCACCCUCCUAAGCAAUGUCCUGUAGGUAUUUUAAACUUGGCAUGGUUGGUAUUAAGCUACCAAAGCUGUCAAUUCUGUGAUAUAUCCCCUCCAGGUAAGAUUCUUUUCAGCUCGUCUAAAAGCAUCUGCCCUUCAAGAGGUGUGACUGGCCAACACUGUUGUCU